GGCUUACAAAAAGAUAGAAGAGGAUGACCUGAAGUUUCCACUUAUCUAUGGGGAAGGCAAAAAGGCUCGGGUGAUGGCCACGAUCGGAGUCACGCGGGGCCUGGGAGACCAUGACCUCAAGGUGUUCAGCUCCAACAUCCACAUCAAGCCUUUCCUGUCCUGCUUCCCAGAGGUCAGGGUUUAUGACCUCACGCAGUACGAGCACUGCCCCGACGAUGUUCUGGUGUUGGGCACCGAUGGGCUCUGGGAUGUCACCAAUGACAAGGAGGUGGCCCGUGUGGUGAUGGAGGUGCUGACGAGCUAUGAGCCCAAUGACCCAUGCAGGUACACCAUGGUGGCCCAGGAGCUGGUGGUGCGGUCCAGGGGGGUGCUGAAGGAGCGGGGCUGGCGGCUGGCCAACGACAAGCUGGGCUCUGGUGAUGACAUCUCUGUCUUUGUGAUCCCUCUGGGUGGCCCGGGCAACUACACAUGA